AUGAAUCUCAAAAUAAAAGAACUACGCAGUCAGCUAGAAGCUACAACACAGGAAGUGACAUCACUGAAACAGGAAGUGACAUCACCAAGUGAUGAACAGAAUCAAAAAAGCAGUGAACAGAGUGAAACAAAUAAAAGAAAAGCAACGACAAACACUGACAGCAGGAUCCAGGAAUUAGAAAAAAUACUGGAGGAAAAAUCAAAUGAAAUUGCUGAACUUCAGGAGAAACUAGAAUUUGAGUCUCAAUUAAAUAUAGAACUCAGGGAGAAAAUGACCUUGACAGAGAGCAAGAUCACAGAGAUGGAGCAAAUGAUGCGUGAAAAACAGUGCCAUAUUGAAGAAAUGAACAAUAGAUUAAAGGAAAAAGAGGCCAUAUUGAAGAUUCUGGAGAGAGAGAAGGAAGAAGUGGAGGAGAAUUGUAGGAGAGACCUCGCAGAGUGUGAAGGUUCAAGCGAGAGAACAACGGGCGAGAUCAGUGAUAAACUUCUGAAACCUCAACAAGAACUAGACGCAUCACUGGAGCAGGAGAGAGUGUUAGAAGAGCAGUACGACGAGCUACAGCAUCAGCAUAGGGAGCAGAUAGAGGCAUUGAGACAGGACUUGGAGCAUGAACACCGAGCUGAGAUCAUGGACGUGCAGUCAAAGUUCAAAGUUCAAUAUGACAUCGAGCUGAAGAUACAAGCGGCAGACAUGACGUACGAUUUCGGAGAAAAAAUUAAAAAGAUGGACAGAGACCAGAGGAAAGAACUUGAAGAGUUAGAGAGGAAGAGGAACUGGAAGAAAUG